AUGGCUACAUGUGUUGGCGGCAAUCUGAAUGUCAAAAAACAAACAUUAGUCGAACACGCUGGACCCAAGCCGUUGGACGUCAAACCCGUUGGACGUCAAACCCGUUGGACGUCGAAGCCGUUGGAUGAGCGCAUUAACCCGUUGGAAGUCGAACACGCUCGACCCAAACCCGUUGGACGUCAAACCCGUCCCAGGAGCCCAUUAACCCGUUGGGAGUUGAACACGCUGGACCCAACCCGUUGGACGUCAAACCCGUCCAAGGAGCGCAUUAACCCGUUGGGAGUUGAACACGCUGGACCCAACCCGUUGGAUGUCGAACCCGUCCAACCCGUUGGACGUCGAACCCGUUGGAUGAGGAAGUCGAACACGCUGGACCCAACCCGUUGGACGUCAAACCCGUUGGACGUCAAACCCGUCCAGGAGCGCAUUAACCCGUUGGGAGUUGAACACGCUGGACCCAAACCCGUUGGACGUCGAACCCGUUGGAUGAGGAAGUCGAACACGCUGGACCCAACCCGUUGGACGUCGAAACCGUUGGAUGAGGAAGUCGAACACGCUGGACCCAACCCGUUGGAAGUCAAACCCGUUGGACGUCAAACCCGUUGGACGUCAAACCCGUCCAAGGAGCCCAUUAACCCGUUGGGAGUUGAACACGCUGGACCCAACCCGUUGGAUGUCGAACCCGUCCAACCCGUUGGACGUCGAACCCGUUGGAUGAGGAAGUCGAACACGCUGGACCCAACCCGUUGGACGUCAAACCCGUCCAGGAGCGCAUUAACCCGUUGGGAGUUGAACACGCUGGACCCAAACCCGUUGGACGUCGAACCCGUUGGAUGA